GCAGUGUAUCAGUCAACAGUGUUCCGGUGAUCAGUGCAGUAUGAGGGGCUUACUAGUGUGUUGUGUGGCGGCGGCGGCGCUGGCGCUGGUCUGCGGCCGCGAGCUGAGCCGCGACAGGCGCGCCGCCGACCUGGAGGAGGCUGCCUCCCACCACGGCGGCAAGUGGGACAAGGGCGGCGGCCACGAGCACCACGCGCACCACCACCACGACCACGGCGAGAAGGGACACAAGGGCUACAAGGGCCACCACCAUCACGAGCACGGCAAGAAGGGCCACCACCACCACGAGGGACACAAGGGACACCAUGACGAGCACGGCGGACACAAGAAACACCAUCACCACGACGACGGCCACCAUCACGAACACCACCACGGCGAGAAGGGCCACAAGGGCCACGGUCAUCACGAGGAAGGCCACUACCACAAGGGACAUUCCACCAAGGGCCACCACGGUGUCCACAAGCAUGACGAGUUCAAGAAGGAGAAGCACUUCCAUGAUCACCACGGCGACAAGGGCCACCACGAGCACCACGGAGGCCACCACGAGGAGCACGGCCACAAGAAGGGCGGCCACCACCACAAGGGACACAAGCACGGCGGUCACCACGAGCACCAUCACGGCAAGAAGGGACACCAUGAGAAGGGAGGACAUCACCACGACCAUAAGGGACACCAUGAUGAGGGCGGCCACCACGAGCACCAUCACCAUCAUCAUGAUCAUGGCAAGAAGGGCGGUCACGAGGACCACAAGCACUGGGGACACAAGAAGGGACACUAAUCAAUCAAAAGACUGUUUAUAUUUCUAUGGAUGCCAAUUAGUUAAGCCUUACUUGUUUAGGUUUACGUUGUUGAGUUUUUGUUUGUACAGUUUAGGUGAUUUUAUUAAAGAAAUUAUAUGUUAAACAA